AUGUCAGAGACCAAGAUGCUGGAGAAAUUAGCCAGCCAACUGGCGAUCAAGAAUGAAACGAUCCGAGAGGGCUUGGCAGAGGCCCUGGCAACAUUCAUAUUAAUGCUUGUGGGCCUGGGCUCCGUCGCCCAGGUGGUGUUGGGACAAGACAUGUUUGGGUCCUACCUGAGCAUCAACCUGGGUUUUGGAUUCGGAGUCAUGCUGGGCAUCCAUGCGGCUGGUGGGAUCUCAGGCGCUCACAUGAACGCGGCGAUAACUUUUGCAAACUGCGUAAUCGGGGAACUACCCUGGCGCAAGCUUCCAGUGUACGUGCUUGGCCAGUUCCUGGGAUCAUUCGCUGCGUCUGCCGUGGUUCUCCUAUUGUACUAUGAUGCUCUGGUGGAUUACACUGGAGGGAACCUGACCAUCACAGGGCCGACCGCCACAGCUGGUAUCUUCUCCACUUACCCGGAACCCUACAUGUCUCUCUGGAGAGGAUUUAUCCAGGAGUUCAUCGCCACUGCAGUGCUUGUGGUCGGCAUCCUGGCUAUCAAUGACAAGAAGAAUGCAGCGGCCCUUCCAGGCACCCACGCCUUAGUCAUCGGGCUUCUGGUUACCGCGAUUGGCAUAUCGAUGGGCAUGAACACCGGCUAUGCCAUCAACCCUUCCCGGGAUUUGCCACCGAGGAUCUUCUCAGCUCUGGCUGGCUGGGGCGUGGAGGUCUUCAGGUGA